AUGAGCGCACCAACAAUGUUGCAUGUCUUAAUGAACACCAUCAUAAAUGAAUAUUUUGGCAAUUCCUAUUGCAUUAUAAUAUUAGCGGACCAAACGGGCGCUUUGAACUAUCGUGGUAAUAUUCCAAUAGUUAACAUUCACCCGAUAAAUGCGGAAGUAAACGACUCCAUAGCUUACCACGGACAUGGUUGUCAGGAUAUCGUGAUCGAUCACGAUGAUCCCCUAAAAGUUUUUGAAAGUUUCGAAUUUAACCUCCGUUUACAUAAGGCUCGCUUCAAUUUUAGAAGGUACUUAAUACCCGCUGGAGAUAUGUCCAUAUUUAACUCGACCAAUUUGGAAUAUGUGGUAAAUCUUCUGGUGAUAGUACCAGAUGACACCGAAUCAAACUGUUUCAAACUCGUCACUCAUCAGUACGUGGGCCAAAGUGGAAACAACGAUCCUCGAAUUCUGGACUAUUGGUUUGGACAUAACCAAAGCUUCUUGCAUGGAAAUGAUUUGUUCCCAGAUAAGUUACGCAAUCAGCAGGGCCGAACUCUGCGUUGCGCCACAUUUAAUUAUAAACCCUACAGUAUCAUAGAAAACUCUCCACCAACUGCGGUAGGCUCUGAAAAUGCAAUCGCACACGUCUUCGCCGAGAUGCUCAACAUGACGAUCGAGUAUAUUGUUGAUGACAAAGAGUGGGGUAUUAUUUAUGAUAAUUGGACUGGCGAUGGUAUACUAGGACAUGUAGCUAUUGAUAAAGCUGACAUGGGAUAUGGGGCUCUCUACACGUGGGCGCACGAGUAUCAGUUCUUGGAUUUGUCCAAACCAGUGGUACGCACUGGAAUUACUUGCCUGGUUCCAGCACCUAGGUUAGCAGAUGGUUGGUUGAUUCCAUUUUUUCCAUUCAGUUUUCAAAUGUGGUUAUGGUUUAGUGUUACCUUUGUGCUAUUGUCACUUGCCACGAUUGGGAUUACGGCAUACGUCACAAAACACCAUCUUGAAUACAAGCAUCACAACUCCAAAGGGAAAAGGAAGGGAACGAUUAAUUAUAGAGUAAUAUUUAAUCAAUCCAUGAUAAAGCUCACCCAAAUUUUUUUAAUACAAUCUCUCUCUUUCCGCGGAAGGGCUAUAGAUACGACAUUCAGAUAUUUGUUUCCGAUAUUUUUAUAUAGUCUCAUCAUAACUGCGACAUAUAGCAGUGGAUUGGCGGCAGUGAUGACACUCCCGAGAUACAUAGGAACAAUCGAUACUGUUUGGAAUUUAGCUAAAAGUGAUCUGCGUUGGGGCGCUACGCAAGAUGCAUGGAUUUACUCAAUUCUAGAAGAGAAGCGCCCUCAAUAUAAAACGCUACUCAACAAAUUUGUUGCGACAUCCAAGGAAAAUUUACUAGGUUUCGCCAAAACCAAUCGAUUCGCAUUUUCCAUUGAAAGACUUCCAUCAGGUCAAUUUGCAAUUGGCAACUACAUCACGGAGGACAUAGUCAAACGUCUACGGCUAAUGCAUGAAGAUUUGUAUUGGGAAUACUGUGUGUUUAUGGUAAGAAAAAGUUCUCCACUACUAGAGCCUUUGGAUACGUUGAUUUUAAAACUUAACGAAGCUGGGCUAAUUCUAUUCUGGGAAAAGGAAGCUGUAGGCACCCAUAUGGAUAUGAGGGUUCAAAAGGUGGUGGCAUUUUAUCGAGCUUCGCAAGUGAAACAAGCUGAUUCGCCCGUUGUCAAAUUAAUGUGGGUUCACGUUGAAGGGGCAUUUGGGAUAUUAUUUUUUGGGUUGCUUUUUUCAUUUGUAUGUUUUAUUAUCGAAGUGGUUUAUAAAAGAAAAGAGUAUUUUCCACGUAAACCAUAUUUGGUGUAGUGUAACGUAAUUACGUAAAUAAUCUGCACACAUUGAAACUAGAAUUGUGCCUGGAAGGUGCCAGGCAGUAGUCAAAUUACCAAUAAUUAUGAGGAAUAAGUAGGUAGAUAAUUAAAAACACAAGCUUUCUUAAAUGAAGCAAAAUAUUCCAUUUGCAGAAUGUGUCAUAAAUAUGUAGUACCUACACAAAAUGGGUGGUAGAGAGGGCACCAUAUAAAAAUAUAAUGCAUGAACCAUUUAGCUACGUGAUAGUCCCAGUUGAAUUGGAAAGAAGUCCUUGUUUUGGUCUCUUUGCAAAAUGUAAACUUUUAAAAUAGAAACUGGUUACCUUACC